AUGACAAAACUAAAUGCUCUUACCAAUAGAAAAACAUUAAUUCAAUUGUUUGAUGAAUCAGUAUACACGCUUAAGAACCCUAAUGCCAUUGGUAGAACGUAUAUGGUUGGAAACUUCAACAUAGCGUUCAACAUGAAUAUAACUUAUGGGUAUUUCAAAAACAAGCUUGGUGAAUUAAAAAAAAAUUACAAGAGGUGGAAUGAGCUUAUGGAUUCCAAUGGUAUCUCGGUUGACCUUACUACAUCGAUGAUAUAUGCAUCUGAUGAAUGGUGGAAGGAACGUGAGUUCGGAUGUAAAUUAACAAAGAAGCUGAAACGAAGACCGCCAUAA